UGUUCAUUUCCGAUCCGUUGAUUGUUGAGUGAACAUCAUUGGACAAAUAAACAAACGCAUAAAUGAUGUUGCCCAAAUUAUCUCGGUCGACCAUUAUCAUUUUGGUGAUUACCGUCAUUUUGUUAAUCGAUAUGAGUAUCAUUGAAGCAAGACGGUCUAAACAUUCACGCAAACGUGGUAAUCAUCGUUCACAUAAAAGUAAAAAUGCCAAAAUUCGUCGACGAAAUGCUGAAUUACCGUGUAAAAAAGGUGCCGAAGGUGAAGUUGAUGCUGUAUUUGGUCGCAUGAGUGGUUAUGGUAAUGUAUCGCGACCGUUUCCAACCGAUCAACAAGAAUUAAAUAAUUAUUGCAAGGGACAAUUUUCUGAUAUUCGUCUGAUUGAAUCCUAUGCCAAACGAUGUCAGCAUGGUUUACCCAAACAAUAUUUUAACAUUUUAGUCUAUACGGUGAAAGGAUCAAUGUCACGUAUCUGUAAAAAGAAUUCGAAAAAGGCUCGACAAUUUUUAUCAGCAUCCGGUUGCAUUCGACGUGCAUCCAAUCAUUUUGAUAAAUGUCAUCGAAAUCUGAUUGAACGUUUGCAUCGAAUCAAAUUCAGUGAAGAUAAAAAGAAAAUUCCCUAUACUUGUUGUGAAUAUUAUACACUACGAAAAUGUUUCCAAGAUGGUGGCCGUAACGAAGCAAAAUGUUCGGAUAAAGAAAUGGAAACAGUGGAAGAAUUAAUCGAAUCGACCAGUUCGAAUGCAUUGAAUUUCUUUUGCGGUGAAUAUGCUGAAGAUUCGGAUAAAUGUGAAAAAUUGGGUCCAUUGGUUGAAGCUCCAUCAUCAAGAUCGGGUAGAAAAUCUCGACCCAAAUAUCUACGAUCAAUAUCGUUGACGGUGGCCGAAAUUUUCGAUACAUUUCCGGAACUUUCCACACGAACCUGAAGGAAAUAGUUGAUCUGAAAGAAUUGUGGUGAAUGUAAAUAAUGGAUUAUCAUUGAUGAAAUAAUCAUUUAACAAAUAAAAGGACAAUUAU